AUGCAUCCCCAGCUGAAAUCCUCUGCCUCAAUGGGCAAUAACAAGAAUUCCAUUAUAGAAUUUCCCACCUCACCCCAGCCUGUAAUUGUAGAAGAAAUAACUCAUUACACACACGCAAAACACCCCUUGAUAAAAGUCAAUCUGCCUGAAGUAUUUACAUGCACUGGCUGCAAGGAGUAUGGAUCUGGGAAGAGAUUUGCAUGCCAGCAAUGUGAUUUUCAGCUCCACGAGUUUUGCGCUUCGUCGCCUCCAAUAUUACAGAACCAUCCCCUCCACGGCCAACACCAACUCGUGUUCCAUGCUAAACCAAAACAAGGAAAAGCUGGAAUUUCAUGGCCGAAGUGUGAUGUUUGUAACAAAACAACCAAAGGGUUUAUUUUCAGAUGUAGAGCUUGUAGUUUCCAGAUGCACCCUUGCUGCGCCAUGCUUUCAACUGAAAGGAACUUUCCAGUGCAUCCACACACAUUGAAACUGUUACCACCAACGAAUACAUCCUCAUCAGGUACUGAUACCGGGAUUCUAUGCGGUGAGUGCAAGAAGAUGAGAUCAGGUCGAUUGUACCGUUGCAAGGUUUGUGAUUACCAUCUCCAUGCAGUUUGUGCUAAGAAUUUCAUUAAUGGGCUCCAGGGUAUCCCUCCCCCAGAAAAGCCGAGCAAGUUCGGAAAAACCGCCCAGGUUGCUACUCAGGUGGUUAUUGAAUUCGUAGGAGACCUUUUUGAGGGGUUUGGGGAAACUAUAGCAGACUACCUUUUACAGAACAUUGGAAGAGGGAGGCGCAUCAGAAGAUCAAGAACAGUUAAUAAUUGA